AUGCCUACUGCUACCGAAUACUUUGGCAUGUCUGUCAGCAAUAUUGGUCCUCUCACUACGACUUACACGCCUCCUCCAGAGUGCACUAGGGCAACAACCGAUCAUCUUGUCUAUGCCCUCGAGAGCUCCUUGGUUUAUGGAUUUGGUUCUCCUGAUUGUGUGAUUGACCCUUAUGGAAAAUGUCUUCCCUCUGGGGCUGCCAUGGAUUCCAUCAUCAAAGAGUACAGUAACCCAAAGUCUGGACAAGGCCUUCAUGCAUUUCACUCUCCUGGAAUCCACUGCCCUGAAGGUUGGACUACCGCUGGACUACUUGCACACGGCGAUAAGACUGGCUCCGCGUAUAGAAGUGGUGUAUUUACCUCUACAACGAGCGUGAACUCAUCGCAACCUCUGCAGAUGGGCUCUGAUGAAUGGUGGCUCAAAGUCUUGGAGCCUUCCGAGACCCUGGCGUGGUGCUGCCCCAAGGUAUGUCGGCCUCUCAGACAGUCUAUUCUACUGUACACUAAAUCCAUGGCUCGUAGCGGCUGGGCUUCUCUCCCCUACGGAUAUUGUAGGUCCUCCAUUGCCCCUGCUCUUUCAGCCGGUUACAACAGCGCUUGUUAUGAGGCAGUCGCCGAAACCGCGGCCAUUGUCACCGUCCACACCGUCGAGGGUGAGUCUGUUUCUGAUACAGACGGGCUUCUCUCUCUCCUCCCCGACGUAACAUAUACUACGGAGACGGUUGCGUUGACUGAAACGUGGGGUGAGCCUACUUUUGUUGCAUCAUUGGUUAUUGCUAGACAGUUUCCUGCGGUUGAGAUGAUCUACAAAGCUGAAGAUGUCAAGGCUGCUAAGAAUGGGUCCAAGGACGACGAUGAUGAUACGGACGGGAAGGAUAAGGACGAUGAUAGUGCUGCAUCGACUCUGCCAAAGGUCGGAGGGAUUGCCUCAGGGGUUGCAUUGAUGGUCGGGUUGCUGACUGGAGCCGGUCUGUUGAUGCCUUGGUGA